GACGUUUUAUUCAAUUACAACAUACAUAAAAGUGGACAACUCACUGAAUUUUCAGAAACAGAACACACGGCGCCACACCCAACAUCAGGAUCAUGAAACAGAACCUUUCCAGCAGCACAGAGCCGCCUUGCGCCUCCAACAGGCGUCCCUCAACAGUUUCAAGCCCCGCAACGUGAAGUGCACAGAAGUCUGGCUGCAUUGAGGUCUCCACCCCGGUCCGCCAGGUUCCCGGCAUGCAGCGCGGCGAUCCCGACGUGCCCCGCGGCGCGCGGAGCCGGCUACCCGGUGCGCUGUGAGGAAGGCGGAAGCGGUGGCGGCGUAGCGUGAGGCUGCGUGUGUGCCGGCGGGCGGAGGCGACAACUCGGGGUUGACAUGGAAGUGAAGGAUGCCAAUUCUGCUCUGCUCAGUAAUUAUGAGGUGUUCCAGUUACUGACUGAUCUGAAAGAGCAACGGAAAGAAAGUGGAAAGAACAAACACAAUUCUGGGCAACAGAACUUGAAUACUAUCACCUAUGAAACAUUAAAAUAUAUAUCAAAAACACCAUGCAGGCACCAGAGUCCUGAGAUUGUCAGAGAGUUUCUCACAGCAAUGAAAAGCCACAAGUUGACCAAAGCUGAAAAGCUUCAGCUGCUGAACCACAGGCCUAUGACUGCUGUUGAGAUCCAGCUGAUAGUAGAAGAGAGUGAAGAACGGCUCACGGAGGAGCAGAUCGAAGCCCUCCUCCACACCGUCACAAGCAUUCUGCCUGCAGGGCCAGAGGCUGAACAGAAGAAAAAUACGAAUGACGUGACAAUGGAUGAAGAGGACCCAGCAUAGAGGAGCACAGCUGGCCCAACCACCUCAUGAAGCUGAAAGGCCCAGCAGCCAUUUCCCAGACAUUCAGAGGAUUGUUCAUUUGGUUGUACCCUCUAUCCCAGCAGGCCUGAUUUCAUGGUUAGUUGGAUAAAUCACAAAAAUAAGCUAAAAAGUACUUGUGCCUCUGGGAGAUGAAACAUGGUGAAGACAGGCUGAGGUUGUCAGGGCAGAGAGCUAAAGAGAGGAGGACAGAGCCAAAGAGGACAAUGACUGUGGAACCCUCUGUGGUCAAAAUAUUUCUUCUGUGGCCUUUGCCCCAGUUGUGGGAAGGCCCCCAUACACAGCUGGUAAAGUACUUGUGUUGCCUUUGA